GAGAAUUUUAAUGGAGGAUUUCAAUUCUGAGAUUCCAGGUUCUUCAUGCUCCAUUCCUUCUGAACCUCCUGAUAUAAGGAACUGGUUUUCAUCUUACAAGUAUGAUUCUUUUGUCUUGGAUACAUGCGAGAAUUUCGGAGGAAUGUUUUCGGAAGAAAGGGAAAGCGACAAAUAUGAUUUGGAAAUUGGUGAAAUUAACAGAGGAAAAGAAGAAAAAGUUAAUGGGUAUGAAGAAAUUGGAAAUGCUGAUGAACGUGACAACUUUAACACUAAGGAGGAUUCAUUGCACUCCCUUUCAGUCCUUUCUGAGCCUUCAGAUAUCAGAAAAUGGUUUUCAAGCUAUGUGUACGAAUCUCCUCUGUUGGAUACCAAUGAUUGUUUCAAAAGUCGCGACUCUAGAGAAAGUGAAGGUGAGAAACAUGAACUUGUCAAUGGAGAAAGCAUCAACGAUGAAUUUGUUAAUUCGGAUCAAUUUCAAGAGGACGCCUCUCACAAGAUUUUCUCAGCUAAAUUGGUGAAAUGCAGUAGUUCUUUAGUAGAUGUGCAGAGUGAUUCAGACCCUCUCUUUUCUGAACCUCUAGAUAUUGGAAAUUGGUUCCCAGACUAUGUGUAUGAGUCACCUGUCUUGGAUACCAAUGAUGAACUUCAAGAUAGUCUCUCUAAAGAAACACUAUCUAGUCAGGAUAAUUUCAAGUCAACAGAAACUAAAUGUAGAGAUGAAGUGGUUAUUAAUAAGAAGAUACGCUCAAAUGGAUUUGGGAAAUGUAACAGCUACAGUCCCAUUAGACAUGAUGAGCAAGAAAAUAAGUCUGCUAGUAAGGGUUCGCAUUGGUUUGUAGUUAAGGAAAACCUUUCUUGGCAAGUUGAUGUGUUUUCUGAGAAGAAUUUGGAACCAAACAUGGAAUUCAAACAGGAGCUAAAUAGCAGCAUCUAUGGUGGAUAUUCCCUAUCUGAACUUAAUAGGGCUGAAUCUCAAUCACUGGAUUCUUCAAAGAAGUUGAUAGAUAGGAAGAGUAGCUUCAGAAAGAGCUCAGAAACUAAAGUUCGAACUGACAAAGUUGAUUUGAGAAAAACAAGCCAUGGAAGCAAUGAAAAAGAAAAAGUUGCUGGAAAAGAUAAUGCAGAAAAUGGUUUUAUCACAACAAGAAAGAACAAGUUUGAAAGAACAAAUGAUGAAAAUUCGCAGAGAGGAGCAGGAGGGAUUUUGUUACAGUGUUCAAGGAAAACUGGAGAUGGCGAAAAGGGUAAUGGCGUUAUGAAAAGGAAGGUAUUGGCAGAAACAACCAAUGGGCGGCAGUGUGAGGCAAUGGCAAUGGAGAUCACUGGAAAAUGGCGUUGUCCUCAGAAAAGCAAGACUCUGCGCGGCCCUCCAUUGAAGCAGCUUCGACUUGAACGAUGGGAUCACAGGGUGUGA